CAACACGUCGAAGUUUUUGUCAACCGAACCUUCUUCCUUCUCUCUCCCGUGUUUCUUUGAAAAGGAAAAUUAUUGGUAUUUGAAUUCAGCUUCUAGAUUUGGUUUUAUUCGGUCACAAAAGGAGAACUGGUUUUUCAUUUUUGUGUUGGGGAGAGCUUUAAAUGCGAGUUGGUUGAUGUUGGUCUUCUUUCAUGCCUUUCUUUUUCGAAUGACCUUAAGAACUAACCACACCCAUCUCUUUUCUGUACCUCUCUCUCUUUUUCUCUCUAUCUCUCUCUCUUUCUAGAUACAUCUUUGAUAAAUUAUGGGUUUUGAGGUUUAAUAGACCCAAUCGUUGUAGAUCAAUCAAACGAGCCUUGUUUGUAAAUUAGUUUCUGCAAUAGGAGAUAUUUGGAUCAGGAAAUAAUGGAGUUCUGUGCGUACCCAUCUCGAGCUUUUAUGCCUUUAUUGUCUUCAUUUGGGAGUCACGUUGAGAGGUUUAAAGAGAUAUUCAAUUUCGUAGUUUCUGCUGUUCUUGGGAAUAUCUUCUCUGCUAUCUUCACCUUCUGCUUUGCUUUUGUUGGAACCUUCUUAGGAGCCAUGACCGGAGCCUUAAUUGGUCAGGAAACUGAGAGCGGCUUUGUUAGAGGAGCUGCAGUUGGGGCCAUAUCAGGAGCUGUAUUUUCUAUUGAAGUUUUUGAGUCUUCUCUUGUUUUGUGGCAAUCAGAUGAAUCUGGGAUUGGGUGUCUCCUCUACUUGAUUGAUGUUCUUGCAAGCCUUCUCAGUGGGAGACUUGUUCGAGAGCGAAUUGGUCCGGCCAUGUUAAGUGCAGUCCAAAGUCAGAUGGGUGCUGUAGAGGUGACCUUUGAGGAGGUACCCAACCUCUUCGACACCGGUGGCUCUAAAGGAUUGCCUGGACAUUUAGUCGAAAAGAUCCCACAGAUCAAAAUCACCAGUAAUAACAACAUUGAUGCCUCUGGGGAGAAAGUUUCUUGUUCAGUUUGUCUUCAGGAUUUUCAAAUGGGAGAGACAGUUAGAAGCUUGCCUCAUUGUAAUCACAUGUUUCACCUACCAUGUAUAGAUAAGUGGCUACUUAGGCAUGGUUCUUGCCCACUGUGCAGAAGGGAUCUGUGAGGUUGUUUCUGUAGAUUACACUAUGACAGGGAGUUGAGUUCUUUCAUUAUUUUACACUGUGGUUAGGGCUUUCUGUGGUUGAAUCAUUGUACUCAACUACCAUAUGUACAAAAAUUUUGGCUUCUUAUACUGAUAGUUCUUUAUGCUUCUUCUGGCAGUGUAUAUCUGUCCAUCUUCAUUUUUGCAUUUACUUGUAUUCAAUACACAAUGAAUGACUGAAGCAACCCAUGGUUGGUUGAUAUGAUUAUUUUCA